AUGGCCAACAUGAUGAAAUCGUCUUUGACGGUUCUUCUUCUCGUCGGGCUAGUCGCUCUUCCCACAGAAAUAGCAGCGUUGCAGUGUUAUGAGUGCGAGUCCGAGGUCGGCAAAGGUUGUGAUGUUGUAACUGAAAAAACGGAAGUAGCGACGUGUGGAAAGGAGUCAUCGACAACGGUCACACCAACAAGCACAGAUUCGACAGGGGGCACACCAACAAACACAGAUUCGACAGGGGGCACACCAACAAACACAGGUCCGUCAGCGGGCACACCAACAACCACAGAUUCGACAGGGGGCACACCAACAAACACAGCGGGCUCGCCAUCAAGCUCAGAUUCGACAGCAGGCUCACCAUCAAGCUCAGAUUCGACAGCCGGAUCAGGAGAGAAUGGUUCACGGCGACGUCGGAGCUUGUUGAACCGUCUCGCGGAAGCACAGCCGUUCGAGGAUGUGAAGUACCGUUGUUAUAAGAAGUCAGUUACCCAAAACAAUAAGACAACGAUUACGAGGGGCUGUAUGAAGGAGUCAGAUGCUGAAAAUUGCAAGGAUUGCAGCUUUUGUGACUCGGACAAGUGUAAUUCGGCGACGUCCGUCGCUGUGUACGCGUCGAUGAUUAUUUCCCUGGUGACAUUCAUCUUCUUGACGCAAUAGCAUUAUUAGCGGCGGCGCGUGCCCAAAUUACUUUCGAUAUAAUAAGCAUAUUUAUUAAUUCAUUUAUUCUUGCUUGUAUUGUUUAACGUUAUAUCAUCGUCGACAAAUGUUGCUCGGGCCUUUCCUAAUAAUCUUUGGCAUUGCAUUUCGAACGCGCGGCCACUGUACUCUCGACGUGCGUAACAUUUUCAUGUUCGCAGCAUCACGACGGUUUAUAUUUAUAUCAAUCUGCAGUAACUUUGUGAUCUAUAUCAAUUGUUUUCUUUUCUUCUUAACAUUUUGACUCGUCGCUCACGCCAUCGCGAUUCUAAUCCGUUCGUACGUACGACGAAACUCGAAUAAAUUCCCCAUAAAUGUGUCUA